UCAUGGACACGAGUCGUGUGCAGCCCAUCAAGCUGGCUAGGGUAACUAAAGUGCUGGGCGGGACCGGUUCGCAGGGACAGUGCACGCAGGUGCGAGUGGACUUUAUGGAUGACACCAGCCGCUCUAUCAUCCGAAACGUCAAAGGCCCUGUUCGAGAGGGUGAUGGGCUCACCCUGUUGGAGUCAGAAAGAGAAGCUUGGAGGUUGCGCUGACCUCGCUGC